GUCGUUCCUCCCACCCUGAGCCAUGUGUGGUGCUUCUCCCGCAACCUGAUUUAGAGACUGCCACUGACUGUAUGAAGAGGCCAUGCCAGAGCAUAGGGGUCCAGGGCUCACAGGAGCCUUCACAGCGAGAGCCAGAGAGGAACCCACACCUUUGCUGGUCACUAUGUAUCAGUAGUGACACUUGCCCCGGUUGUUGCUCCAGGGAGUCACCCAUUCCUGAGUGAGUCAGGGUCAUUUACUCCGCUGACAGCUGUGGCUCGCCUUACAUGAGCUAAAUUGGGAGUUGGAAUGUCACACAGAUGCCCCUUGUCUCCCCACCCCCACGAUAAUAUUAAUCUCCUCUCUGGGGAGCAAGGGACAAACAGUGCUGCCCAGAGUGAACCAGAGUGGUUUGGGGAACAAAAGGAGAAUCGCCCAGGGAGGGAAGGAUAAAGCUACAUGUGCCUGGCAAGGACACCAAGCAAAGAGCAGACGUGUCUGGAGACAGCCAGGGCAGGACGAGUUUCAGAGGAAGGGACAGAAGAUAGAGCAGCACUAUUUUAAGAGGGAGCACCAGAAGGGAGCCUAAGAACCCACAGAUAGUCUGAGGUGAACAAGGAGGGUCCAGAGGCAGUAGAGAAGGCCAGGACCAGGGCCGCAGCCAGGGCCAGCAGAGCACUGAGGGGAUGAACUUCACCGUGGGCUUCAAGCCGCUGCUCGGGGAUGCGCACAGCAUGGACAGCCUGGAGAAGCAGCUCAUCUGCCCCAUCUGCCUGGAGAUGUUCUCCAAGCCCGUGGUGAUCCUGCCCUGCCAGCACAACCUGUGCCGCAAGUGCGCCAAUGAUGUCUUCCAGGCCUCGAACCCUCUAUGGCAAUCCCGGGGCUCCACUGCUGUGUCUUCAGGAGGCCGUUUCCGGUGCCCAUCUUGCAGGCAUGAGGUGGUCCUGGAUCGACACGGUGUGUAUGGCCUGCAGCGAAACCUGCUAGUGGAGAACAUUAUAGACAUUUAUAAGCAGGAGUCUUCUCGGCCACUGCACUCCAAGGCUGAGCAGCACCUCAUGUGUGAGGAACACGAGGAGGAGAAGAUCAAUAUCUACUGCUUGAGCUGUGAAGUGCCUACCUGCUCUCUCUGCAAGGUCUUUGGUGCCCACAAGGACUGUGAGGUGGCUCCACUGCCCACUAUUUACAAACGCCAGAAGAGUGAGCUCAGCGAUGGCAUUGCAAUGCUGGUGGCAGGAAACGACCGUGUGCAAGCAGUGAUCACACAGAUGGAGGAGGUGUGCCAGACCAUUGAGGACAACAGCCGCAGGCAGAAGCAGUUGCUAAACCAGAGGUUCGAGACCCUGUGCGCGGUGCUGGAGGAGCGUAAGGGCGAGCUCCUGCAAGCGCUGGCUCGGGAGCAGGAAGAGAAGCUGCAGCGCGUCCGCGGACUCAUCCGUCAGUAUGGAGAUCACCUUGAGGCUUCCUCUAAACUGGUGGAGUCAGCCAUCCAGUCCAUGGAGGAGCCGCAGAUGGCACUAUACCUGCAGGUCUUAUCUCUUGUACCUAUUUGCCCCCACGAGCCUGGCCAGGUCACUCCCUCUGCCGUUGCUUUCUCCUAACGACUUGUGACAUGCACUAAACGACUUGUGAUAUGCACUAAACGACUUGUGAUAUGUACUAAACGACUUGUGAUAUGCAUUCCCACCUACCCUACAGGACUGUGGUAAGAAUCAGAAACUGGGCUUUGCCGGGGCUAGCCCAGCACUUACUCUCACCCUCUUUUUUCUUCCCUGCAGCAGGCCAAGGAGCUGAUCAGUAAGUAAGUGGGCUCCGCGGGAAGGGAAAGGAAGUGGCCGAGCCGAUGCCUCUGGCACUGGGAGGGGCUGAGGGUACUGGGCGUUGCCCGCUGAGCAGCUGUGGCCACCGCAGGGUCGGGACAAUGUCGAAAGUGGAGCUAGCGGGACGGCCGGAGCCAGGCUACGAAAGCAUGGAGCAAUUUUCUGUGAGCGUGGAGCACGUGGCCGAAAUGCUGAGGACCAUCGACU